AUGCCUGCAGACUACAGUGGACGCUGGGAGAUGGUGAGCAACGAGAACUUCGAGGAGGUCAUGAAGGCUCUCGGUAAGUUGUCCUCUUAAUGCCAUAGAGAGAGAGGGAGCUUGGCUUGUAACCUUCAGUGAAAACAGGAGUCAAUUAAAGGGUUACACUUAGAGACACAGCCAAGAAGGGAGGAGAAGUUUGAGCAGGAUGAGAGUGACAAAAGGAGAGAGAGAGAGAGAAGAAGGAGAGGAACACUGUGGCGCUGCUUCAUUUCUUCAUUGAGCUGCUGUCAGGCCAAGUUAACCUCCACUCUGCCAGCGUCUGUCGUCUCUUACCACGCCAGAUAAAUAUUGAUUCACUUCCCUUUUUUGCAUUUUCAUCCUGCUCAUCCACGGGAAGGAGAGGAAGACGGAUCCCGCUCCUGCACCAGGCAGCAGGCCAGCUCGUCACUUACUAGAAAAAGGAGGAAAAAAAGGAAGCGAGAAAAGAGGGAAGAGAGAGAGAUAGCAGUGCUGCUCUCCUCCUCUGGGCGCAUCAUUGAUCAGACCCCUGAAACACUUUCAUUAUUCACGACUCAAUCUGAAAUUCAUAAAACAAGCCCAGCUCACUCAGCUCACAGUAAAUCCAGGAAAUCCUGAAUGCCUCUACCUCAUUUCCAUCGAGCAGAGAGGAAAAUGAUAUCCUUAUGGAAAUGGGUCAGAAAUACUAUUUAGAUGGGUAAAUAUAGGGGCUCAUCUGUAAGAGUGAUGGAGGGAAAUUGAAUUUUCACUUAAAGGCAAAUGGGAUAUGAAAAUCUGAACAGUUGGGGGUGGGUGGCUCUCUUUGGCAGGGGAGGAGAAACUCAUUUAGGGCAAUUCUGACUGGGAGCAAGGUCAUUUUUAAAGGGUAAAUGAGACUGUCAGAAUCCCCGGUAGGAGAGGAAUCAUAAUGAGUGUCCUGUGGUGUCAUGUGAGCUUUUGGUGUGUCUGCACACAUCCAAAUUUUCUCCAUAUAGUCAAAACCAGGCUGGGAACUUUUUUUUGCUUCUUCUAUUGUGAUGCCACCCUAAUAUGAGUCUCUGCUAUUUUGUGCGUGCAGACAUUGACUUCGCCACCAGAAAGAUAGCGGCCCAUCUGCAUCAGACAAAGGUGAUCGUCCAGAACGGAGACAGGUUCGAAACAAAGACCCUGAGCACCUUCAGAAACUACGAGGUCAACUUCACCAUGGGAGAGGAGUUUGAGGAAUACACAAAGGGCCUGGACAACCGAAAAGUCAUGGUGAGGCGCUUCUCUUUUUACUUUUACACUUUACUGAUAACACUUAGUGACAUGGGAGUGAGGAGUUUUAAGGUCAUGAGCAUGUUGUUUGUCUUUCUUGUGAUUUCAGACGCUGGUGGUAUGGGAUGGAGACAAGCUGGUGUGCGUCCAGAAAGGAGAGAAGGAAAACCGUGGCUGGAAACAAUGGAUGGAGGGAGACAUGCUAUAUCUGGUGAGAGAGAGUGUGCCAUGCCAGCUGGGUCAUGGGACAAAGUCUUAAAUGUUUGGGCAUGUUUGCCAGGAAAUAAAUGUCCCUGUGUGAUCUGAGCUGCAGCAGAAGCUUUCCUAUUUAAGGCCUUACGAUAGGACACAUCAAACAACACAAGUAAACAACACAGAGGUUAAAAGAACAAAUACUUUCUCCCUUUGCAUGCAUGAUGAAGUCUGUGCAAACCUCUACUAGAUUUCACAGAUUUGCCUCAUCUAAAUGCAAUAACAAUAAAAAAGAUAAAGAGCUUUAUCUUAAAGCUGUAGUAAGAUAAAGUUUCAAACUUAAAGCAGCGUCCAAUUAUGUAACUCACUGAAACUCUGUUGCAUCACGUUGGACCUGCAGUCUAAAGGUGUGUGUCUUCUUUUGCAGGAAAUUACGGUGCUCGAUAAAGUCUGCCGGCAAGUAUUUAAGAAGUCCCAGUGAGGCUGGAACCAACACCUUCUGCACAGAACUGCCUAUAGUGUAUUGCUAUCUAUUUAUAAUGUCACUGUGAAGACUGUAAUAAAAUGAUUUAACACCACUCAGCUAUUUUCUGUAAUUUACUUAUUUCAGAAAACAUUGCCACUGACGUAUUUGAUCAAUUUAGAUCUAUAUUUCUAAAGAGUUCUUGUUCCUAGAGACCUGAUUCCUCCCGGUAAUAAUCCAUUUGUAUGACCCGUUGAAACAUAUUACUUUAGUCUGAUCACUCAUCUUGAAAUAACUGUAAUUUUUAGAAUAUUUUAAAAAGAUAGAAAUUUAUGAAAUUAUGUGUUCAGGUUUUUAUUUUGAAAAUACUUUUCCUAUUUAAAUGAUAAAUAAUUUCUUGAACAUGUUAUUUAUGUAGAAGGAUCGGCAAUAAAAUAGUUCAAAAUAAAAUCCCGUCUUCGAAAUUCAAAGGCUGUUUUAAAUAGUUAUUCUAUUUUACGUUUUAUUUGACUGUUAUAUCAGUAAACAAGUAUAAAACAAACUUUGGGUUCAGUCAAACUCUGGUCGGAGGUCUCCUCUAACAGGAGACUCUGCAGGUACAACAUGUUCUGCCGGAUCUCGAGCUGCUCCCACAGGAAGCGCUGAAGGAUCCACGUCGCCAAAAUGAGCUGCGUCAAGUCAGACAGCGGCAAAGCGAGACUAACAGGAAACGUCGGGCUUGGAUUUUCAAAAUAAAACUUGUCAAGGAAAAUGAAUACGAGGGUUGAGAUUUUGUUUUAGAAAUAAUAGAAAGUAAAAAAAACAUAUAUAAUCAAAACUUGAAUUCCAUUACUGUUCUGUAUUUUUUGUAAAUAUUGACUUAAUACACAUUUUAGAAUUUAAAAAGUUACCUCCACGUGAAAUAAGAUUUUUUUUGGAUAGCGUUUUCCUCAGUUUCUCAGCCCAAUAGGUCCUGUUUUAGCUAGUCCUAUGUCUCUAUAAUUUCUGAGUACCUGCUUAUUUAUUUGUCCUCUUCUGUCAAACAUAUAUACAUAUUUAUUCAUCUUAAUUUUGCAUCAGGUUUACUAUUUCUUAGCUUGUUUGUUUUUACAUACAGCUCUGUCCUACAUUGUGUUAUAUAAUAAGUGCUCUACACAUAAUUGGAAUAUUGUUACUUGGUUUAAUUUUCCAAUUAUUUACAUUAUAAUUUAUCUCCCGGGCAGCACAGUGGUGUAGUGGUUAGCACUGUCGCCUCACAGCAAGAAGGUCCUGGGCUCGAAUCCAGGUUUGCAUGUUCUCCCUGUGUCUGCGUGGGUUUACUCCGGGUACUCAGAUUUCCACCCACAUGGCCACUUUUAAAUUGCCCAUAGGUGUGAAUGUGAGUGUGUAUGGUUGUUUGUCUCUGUAUGUCAGCCCUGCGAUGAACUCCUCUGCCUUCGCUGGAAGAUGCUGUGAUAGGCUCCAGCCCCCCCACGACCCCGGGAAUGAGAAUAAGUGGAAGAAAAUGUUUGGACGGAUGGAUAAUUAUCUCCCUUUUUAUUUGUUUGUAUUAAUGUUGACAACUCCCCUUGGUGUGUGGUUAGCCCUUUAUGUUUACCAUGUCUGGGCCCUCUGCAAAAGUCAGAGCCCCAGUUUGAAGUAAGAAGUAAUGAUAGUAGGUAUUGUUCAUUUUGUUGUUUUUAUUAUGUUGUAUCUGCCCACUUUAUUUCGCGUUUGGGUUUGCUCCAUCAUGUCAUGGGUUUCACUGGAUCCUUUUCCUCUCCACUGUAAGUUGAUAAAUGCUGCAAAAGUGCUACAUUCAUGUGGCUCACUUGUUGUAAUUGUGGCUAUGUAAAUAAAGAGUGACUAACUCGGCAUUUAUUGUGAAAGGUUUGAGCGGAAGUGGUAUCGGGGAUAUUCUGAAACACUUCCUAACAAAACUUUCCUCGCUGAGCUGCAAGAGAAGAGCCCGACAAAACCAGCAGGGAGGCCGGUCUCUUCACUCAACAGCACCGCAGAGACCCACACUGUCGUCCAAACAUGGUAGGCGGAAUAAAACCACUAAAUACUGGCUUAUAACUUUCUAUGUUUGUGUGUUUGCAAAGUUAGCCGUCUUCAAAGUGACACGGGCCGCUGUUUGUGUGCUCAGACUCUCUGUGAACUUGUAUCUGCAGUUUGAAAGUUCAUUCAAAACAUACCGUGAAUGAUCUGCAUGCUGAAACCAACCAUACUGUACGCAGCAGCGUGUGUUUUAUAAGAAAACAUAUGUUAGGGUCAGUGAAGUAUAAACCUGCACAGGAAGAAGCAAGAAGUACUUUGGAUUUGCAAAAUCAUGGGACAAACUCAGGAAAGUUUUAACAUGCAGAGCCACAAUCAGGAGUGGAUGGUUGAAAAAGGCCACAACAGUCUACUGACUUGAUUUGACUUGAAAGCAUCGAGUCACUGUGGAGCAGGCAUGCAUGCAAAAUGUGGUAUCAACAGACACACCCCCUCCCAAACACCCCCAUCCAACUGAUCAUGGACUUCAGCUUCGUCUGUGUUUUAAAAGUGUUGUGCAGGACUCUCAUAGAUCAAACACAGACUGAUGAUCAUUUUAAUGAGUGUUUGUACAAUCCUCCAUCAGGGAACAUCUGGUGUUGCUGAGAGGAGGAUUGAUGACCGGAAAAUCCUGCUGCUGAUUGAUAUUUUUAUCAUAAUGUUGUGUCUUUCUAUGAUUGAAUAUUUUAGCCUCUGCGGUUGGAUAUCAAGCGGAAGCUGACAGCUCGAUCAGACCGGGUGAAGAGCGUGGAUCUGCACCCCAGUGAGCCAUGGAUGGUGGUGAGCCUGUACAGUGGCACUGUGGUGGUCUGGAACCACGAGACACAGGUAUCUAUCAUUCAGGAAUCCAUUACUCCCAUCAUUCUCGUAGUCACCCUUACAGAACAUCUCUUUUGGUAAACUGCAGCAAGUAAUAUGCUCUAAUAUUAAUCUAGUUUAAAUCCUGUGUUUUCAGACAAUGGUGAAAACCUUUGAGCUGUGUGACCUUCCCGUCAGAGUGGCCAAGUUUGUGGCCAGGAAACACUGGGUCAUCACUGGAGCGGUAAGGAUUCUCACUUAAAGGGAUAUUUCAGUCAUUUUAACGUGAGGUUGUAUGAGUUAUGAGUCACUAUAAAACAGGUCAGCUCAGCCCCUUUACACAGAAACACGAACAUGCACUUUUGCAUGCAGCAGGAUCGGCCGAUCAGGUCUUUAAUGCACUGAUAUGUUGUUAUUUUUAGAAUUUUUCAUCUCAGAUUUGCAUGAUGUUUAGCAGCAAGUAGUUUUCUGUAUUUGUGGAAAUUAACUCACAGUUUUUACACCUGUAAGUCCAAGUUAAGUAUGCAGAGAGGCUUUUUUCCUCUAUACAGUCAAUGAGUCCUGACUUCAUUUGGAUUCGUAGUGUGUCCGUAGGGGUUUGCAGGUCCCGCUCUGCAACCGAAACAAACUCGUGAGUGUUUUACUUCUCCUCAGGAUGAUAUGCUGAUCCGUGUGUUCAAUUACAACACACUGGAGCGGGUCCACAUGUUCGAGGCUCACUCCGACUACAUCCGCUGUGUGGCUGUCCACCCCACACAGUCCUAUAUCCUCACCAGCAGCGGUAGGAAACAAUAGACACACAUUAUUCAUUCAUCAAAACUGGCUUCUACCCAUCCUGGUGCCCCUAAUCUUAUCUUAUGGUGUCUUUGUUUUCAGAUGACAUGCUGAUCAAGCUGUGGGACUGGGACAAAAAGUGGGCGUGUUGUCAGGUCUUUGAGGGUCACACUCACUAUGUCAUGGAGAUCGUCAUUAACCCCAAAGACAACAACCAGUUUGCCAGUGCCUCUUUAGAUAGAACUAUAAAGGUACACACAUGCGAACACACACUCAGUGUUUUCGAAAUAGCACAAAAGGCUUCAGGGCAACAACAGACGACGGUGUUGUUCUUCCUGUUUCAGAGUCAGGGUUAGCAAAGAGGGAGGUGGGGCAUGGACACCUGAACACUUUCAUUUUAUCCUAAUCAGAUCUGGCAGGGUUCAUGGGAUAUGUGGUCCAAAGUUUUUUAGCUGAAACUUUUAACCAAGGCCUCAUUUACUAAGAAAAUACCAAAUGAAACACGUUUUAAAUGUUAAAAAAUGACUCUCAAGUGUCCUCUAUAUUUGAUCAAAUCAAACUUUUCUGUUUGUCUGUCCCCUGUAGGUGUGGCAGCUCGGCUCUAAGACCCCCAACUUCACUCUGGAGGGCCAUGAGAAAGGAGUGAACUGUAUUGAUUACUACAAUGGAGGAGACAAGCCUUACCUCAUAUCAGGAGCCGACGACCGGCUGGUCAAGAUCUGGGACUAUCAGGUACCAAAUACAGGCAGACAGCGUUCUGAUAACCCUUGUAUACAUGAUGUGCUAAAGUACUGUAAUAAAAGUCAGCAUGAGCAGUCUCGAUAUAUAAAAUGUUAUAUUUAGGUUUUAAACAUUUUAAAUGACCCGUGUCUUUGUCGUCCAGAAUAAAACUUGUGUCCAGACUCUGGAGGGUCACGCUCAGAAUGUGACCUGUGUCCGUUUCCAUCCAGCGCUGCCGAUCAUCCUCACGGGCUCUGAGGAUGGUAAGAACAUUUGAAACAUCAUGGACUCAGAAAAGUCCAAGCCCAGAACCACUUUUUCUUUGACCUCUUUGUUGUUUUUUAUAGGCACAGUUCGAGUUUGGCACUCCAAUACCUACAGACUAGAAAACACCCUGAACUACGGCAUGGAGAGAGUGUGGUGCAUCUGCGGCCAGCAGGGGUCCAACAGUGUGGCUUUAGGCUACGACGAAGGCAGUAUCAUCAUCAAGGUACAUCCAAGUUUUUAACUUACCUACUACACUUAUAUAGUUACAUACUUAACUGUAAUCCUGAAGCUUUAAAUUACCAUUCUGUCAUGUGUCUGAUCUGUAAAACGGAAAAAUUGAUCCAGAUCCACCUGCAGGUUCUGACCAAUAAUUUUCUGCUGUUUCAAAAAAAAAGUUUUGAUCCAUGUGAGCUGCCUCCCUUUCCUUUCCUUUCCUUUCCUUUCCUUUCACCUCCUCCUCUUUCCUCCCCAUGACUGUCUCAGCUGGGUCGGGAGGAGCCGGCCAUGUCUAUGGACUCCAGCGGGAAGGUCAUGUGGGCUCGCCACUCGGAGGUGCAGCAGGCCAACCUGAAAGCCAUGGGGGAGGCUGAGAUCAGGGACGGGGAGCGGCUCUCGCUGGGUGUGAAAGACAUGGGCAGCUGUGAGAUCUACCCCCAGACCAUCCAACACAGCCCCAACGGGAGGUGAGAGCGUGCGCUGGUAGUAGAAGCAGGAAUAUCUCUCCUCUCUCGGAUAUCAAAAGAUGCUGGUUUCUGAAUCACACCGGGUUUUAUAGUUUGGAUUUAAAAGUUAAAACCCUCAGCUCAGCUCGACACCGUGAUAUCUGUUAAGAUGCUGCAGAUGGACAAUUACCCGGGCAAAUGCAAUGUGAGAAACACCAACUGACCAGGUCUUUACUCCUGGUACUGCUGCACAUGAAAAUGAAAAGGCUAUGUUUCUAAAAUGGAUUUAUUUGUUUGUGAGACAAGUUUCUAGUUCUUUGAGGUUCCUAAUAUUAAACCUAUACCUGAAGAGCAGUUAAAUGAGCCAAAGCAGAGAUGGAUGCAUCUAAUAGAAGGUGCAUUAAUACCUCACCUACAUGCUGUCUGAUUCUUGUGCAGCAUAAACUUUAAUUUUUCAUUCAUUCAUGUAUUUUUUUUUAUCUUGGUACUUGUUCAGGUUUGUUGUGGUGUGUGGAGACGGAGAGUACAUCAUCUACACCGCCAUGGCUCUGAGGAACAAAAGCUUCGGCUCAGCGCAGGAGUUCGUCUGGGCGCAUGACUCAUCACAGUAAGAGCUGAAUAUUUUUAAGAAGCUUGGUACCACUUUUAUAUGUGUGAACAAAUGAAUUGAACUGAAGUUCAAUUAACACUCACUCGCUCAUUUGUAUCAUCCUCGUCCUGAUAAAACCUGCACAGCUCCUGGUUUUUUGUCUGGAGGUUCUUUCUGGGAUAUAAUGACGCUGAAUGCUGGAACUAUAUUUGGUGUUGUUCACAGUUUUGUUCACAUAAGAAUAAAAGUUUAUGGCACUGUGGCUAAUUAAAAACAAUUCAAAAUAAAAGCAUGACAAGCAAUCAUUUUUAAGGCAGAGUCUUCUCCAGAGGAGUUUCAGUGAACAUUUUUAGACAUAGUUGAUGAUGUAAGGUCAUCAGUCUCUCGUCUUCUGAAGUUUUCCAUAAAAAUCAGGAUAAUAUGACACCUGUAGUGUCAUAUUCAGUGUCUGUAUUCAAAGCAAUAUCAUUAUAAAUAAGUGUGUAAAUGCUUUUCACAGGUAUGGCACCAGAGAAAGCAACAGCAUGAUCAAAAUAUUCAAGAACUUUAAAGAGAAAAAGAGUUUCAAACCAGACUUUGGAGCUGAAGGUGAGUUGUGCUCCUGUGAGCACAGCUUUUGUCUUUUCAUUGCAGAUACUGCUCUGUUCUUACUCCUAUAGACUUCCUGUUUCUACCCUGUUAUUAAGGAGGCUGUGAUUUAGUGAAAUGGAUUUGUCCUCAUUUGAAAUUGUUACAUCAAUAAGGGAGACUAAGGGAUUUCACUCAAAAAGGAGGUUAUCAUUUUACAAUCAUCAGUUUAAGUUUUUGUCUUAAAUGCAUUAAAGAAGGAGACGGUAUCGCUGACACUCAUAAGUUCCUAAAACAGGCCAGAGGCUCCUAAAAGGACUUGUGGGGGAUGAAGUUUUAUGAAUGUAUGCAAAUAUUUUUAUAGAAUUAGAGAUAUGUGAUUUUUUUUUACGAUUUCUUAUUGCAUCAAAAUACGCUGAAUACAAAAUUCUUUGACAUGCAAAGUCUUUUUGUAUUAAACUUGACAGAGGUGUGUUUGUGUGCAUACAGUAUGCAUCUGUUUUUAUGUGCAUGUGAUGUCAGAGAUCUUGCUGUCACUCAGGUAUCUUUGGUGGCGUCUUGCUGGGAGUGAGAUCCAACAGCGGCCUGGCCUUUUACGACUGGGAGAGUGCUGAACUGAUCCGACGCAUUGAGAUCCAACCAAAGCAUGUAAGUCAGACGAUUCGGUUUGUUCGUCUCAAACAACUUUCUCCAUAGCUAUUAUUUUAAAAACAUUUGAUCCUCUUGUCUUUAGAUCUUCUGGUCCGACUCUGGGGAGCUUGUGUGUAUCGCCACCAGUGAGUCCUUCUUUGUGCUGCGCUACCUUGCUGAGAAAGUGGCAGCUGCGCAGGAGUCCAAGCAAGACAUCACAGAGGAUGGGAUAGAAGAUGCCUUUGAGGUCGAGGCUGCAGGGAUUAGAUCUUCAAAAACUCCAACCCCAUGAAAGUUGAUAGAACGAGUUCUCAUCCUGUGCUGUUUCUGUCUGCUGUCCAGGUGCUGGGGGAGGUGUCCGAGGUGGUCAAAACAGGAGUCUGGGUGGGGGACUGCUUUAUCUACACCAGCUCUCUUAACAGACUGAACUACUAUGUUGGUGGGGAGAUCAUCACUAUUGCCCACCUUGACAGGUACAAUACUUUUAUACAUGUAAAUAAAUAUACAAAGAUCUACCAGUUUACUUGACAUGACUGGUAUGAAGGUCUUCUCUGAAAAAAUACUUGACAUUUGAGUGAGUACGACUCAAGGUGGUCCCUGCCCCCUUAAGAGCCGUAAUCACAGCAUCCAUGAUGUCCAAAAAAAAAGACAGACGUGACUCAUCUAGGGCUGUAAUCAACCAAAGAAAUUCUUGGUCAACUAUAACCCUGAAGUUUUCAACCAAAAAUCGACCAAUGGGUGGGAUUCUGAUCUUGACGGCAAACUCUUGGCAGAGCGCGGCUCAUCAGGGUGAAAUAUACUGAUAUCAAGACAAGAAGGCAAUUAAACAAAAAGGCAAGUUGAAAAGCUGUAAAUAAGUGGACAAUCUUCCUGUCUCCAGCAGGUCUCUAGUGGGUUGGGUGGAUCCAAAAUUGUAAAAACAAGGGGGGUGUUGUGAGGCAGGCUGUUACUUGUUAAAAGGGGGUGCUCUGAAAACACCCCCAUUAGCACUUGGUACGUCCCUCCUGAUGACAUCAACCAUAGACUAUAAAGUCGACCAAUGAGAAUUUUGGUCGACCAAGCAGGUAUGACCAAUAAAUCAACCAGUCCACUAGGACUUUACAGCUCUGUAUUCAUCAGACCACAGGACAGUUCUCCAGAUUCUGUACCUGCAUUUGUGUAUACUGUGAUGAAGCAUGUUCACAGUAUGCCCAUGCAGUGGUUUCCACUACAGAAUCGUGUCUUCAGGGCCAUAACAGCUUUGGUUUUGGUCCUUGUGAUUUCUCCAGAUUCUCUGAAUCUUUUAAUGAUAUUAUGGACUGUAGAUGAUAAAAUCCACUCAUUCUUUGCAGAUGUUGAACUUUUUGCUCACACAGUCUCUCACUGAGUUGUGAACCUCUCCCCAUCUUUACUUCAGCCCCUCUGAAUGGCCAUGUUUCAUCAGUAUAAUGUAAUUUAUUGUCUUUAUACUUGUUUCAUUAAAAUACAGGAUCUCAAUGAUCAGAAAACCCCAAUAUUUUGUUUUAAUCAACAUUUUUCACAGCAUCCCAACUCUUUUAGAAACAAGUUAGAAUAUACAACAUCAGAAAACUUUGAGAAGUUUCCACAGAAGUGUCUUACAGCUGAUCUUUCUCAUGUGCAGGACCAUGUAUUUGCUGGGCUACAUCCCCAAAGACGAUCGUCUGUACCUCGGAGACAAGGAGCUGAACAUCAUCAGCUACUCCCUGCUGCUCUCAGUGCUUGAAUACCAGACGGCUGUAAUGAGGAGGGACUUCGGCACGGCUGACAAGGUUCUACCCACAAUCCCCAAGGAGCAGAGGAUCAGGGUGGCUCAUUUUUUGGAGAAACAGGUAUGUGUCUUUCUUCAACUUUUCUCCAGCUCUUUGCAUAAACUGGUUGAAUUCUGGACUUAGAUGAAUGCAUAAUUUACUGAACAUCAGGCAGCCAGAUGGAGAAAACCUCUGGGCAAAAUUCCUGCAUGGUACUUUAUAAAUUUCUAUCAUGUGGUUGGUUUUGCUUCUCACGCUGUCUCUUUUGCACAUAAUGAUUUCACAUAUCCACCACAGUUAACCACUGUUGUAGAAUAAAGCAAUAGAUGAUCAGUCUGAAAUUCUUGAUUCUGUUUUUCUGUGCUGUGCAGGGCUUCAAACAGCAGGCUCUGGCUGUCUCCACUGACCCAGAACACAAGUUUGAGCUGGCGCUGCAGCUGGGAGAGGUCAAGAUAGCCUACCAGCUGGCCUUGGAGGCAGAGGUCAGAGCAAACACUGAUACACUCAACAAGAGAAAAGUCAUCCCCCAACACCUUACUGCAUAAUAACUCUCCCUGUACCAGCUACAUACUAUCAGUCAGUUUCCUGUUUUCAAAAUGUUCUUCUCAACAUGCUGAUACAAUAUUUACUGAACACACUUCUCAGUUUAGGCUGAUGUCACAAGAUCUAAAAAGAUUAGGGGUGGGAAUCACCAGUGACGUCACAGUACUAUAUUAUUGCGAUUUUUAAUAUUUUGCAAUACAGUGAGUGUUGAGAUACAGUAUAUAGUGAUUUAUACAAUUUUCAACUGUUUCGCUAAUUUAGCAUUUGUCUGUCCUUUGUGUUUGUCUUAUUUACACAGUAUUUUAUUUUCAUGUAGCACAUCUUGCAAACCUUAUGCAUCAGGUCCAUCUCAUUUGUGCCCUGCUUGUGUUCCUAAUGUCUUCCCCCAGGUGUUGUUAUAUUUGUUGCACUAACUUUCUCCUGCUCUAUGAUGUCACCUCUGCCAACCUCACUCAGUAACAGUUGAUUUUACUUUUCCAUUAUCAUAUAUUAGCAAUUCAUUAGAAAAAAUCAAUACUUAGUCAAUGAGACGAUACAGUAUAUCACCAGUCAAUUUUUUUCUCCCACCCCUAACAGAUAUCAGUAAUAGGUGCAAAAUAAACCUUUAAGAUGGUAGAUUUAAUGAUGAAAUUAGAUCUGGCCCGGACCAUGGAUGCGCAAAUAACAGUCAAAUCACAGCAAACAAACUCUUCGCUCAAAACCACAGAUGCCGGUCCCAUGUGCCACUCAACCACACUGCAUGGCAAAAAAAAGUCAACAACUGAACAUGUUUGAAGACUAACAGCAGAGCCACUUGAAUGUUUGAGCCAGCAUUAGCUGUACUGUGAGUGUUGUCUUCAACAAGCUCCAUCCAGGACUUUAAAGCUGGAAUCUAGUGAACCAGGUCAGAGCAUUCAAGACUGAAGUUCUGCAAGUUUUUAUGUAGAUAAGGCAGGGUUUGAACUUUGCUCAUAAAUGUGUGUGCAUGUGUUUCCAACAGCAGCUGCAGAUAUUUUUAAACUUUUUUUUUCUCGACAGAGUAAAGCACACUGGGCCAGAGGACUUUGUUUUGUUUUUCUGUGGAUGUGUAAUCAGUGCUGAUGAUAAAUGUCAGCGUUCCACUCACUCCCCUUUACCCUGAUUUGAAAAAAUCAGUCAGCCAAAGCAGUGUGAAAUGUGUGUUUUGUUAAUAACAUCACCCAGACUCGGGUUUCAGGAUGCAACUUUUGCUGAAUAUUGCAAAGGAGACUGAAGAGAAGAAACCUGAAUUCUAAGCUGAAGUUGUCUUGUAGAGGACCACAAAUUAUGUCAAAUGACUCCACUGUUAGCUGCAAAAGUAGGUUUUGCAUCUGAGCCAAGUUGUGCAUGAAAGACAGAGAAAAAAAACUCUGGCAGUAGCUUCAGUUAUUGAGUUUGUUUACUGUACUGAGAUUGAUAGAGAGAAUAUGGUCAGCACCAUCCUCUCACGCCUAGGGCAAAACAUCCACCUUUAUGAGGAAUUUAAUUUGAUUUUAUAUCUUGAGUUUAUUUUUCUUUUGAUGACGUGAGUAGAAUUUUUUUCCUGAAUGCAGGCAUUGUGUUGCAAAAUCAGUCAUUGUCACUGUAGAGGUCUUACAGGUUGAGUCAGAAGCCUGGCCCCUGAAACUGCUUCAGUGUGUCCUGUUGAGUGUCCUCCAGUGAUAAUCCUCUCUCCUGUCUCUUUGGCACUGUGACAUCUGGGGGCUCCAGUCAGAGCAGAAAUGGAAGCAGUUGGCAGAGCUGGCCACGACAAAGUGCCAGUUUAGCCUGGCCCAGGAGUGUCUGCACCAAGCACAGGAUUAUGGGGGAUUACUGCUGUUGGCCACCGCCUCGGGCAACGCCAGCAUGGUUGCAAAAUUAGCAGAGGGGGCAGAGAAGGACGGGAAGACCAACGUGGCCUUUCUCACCUACUUCAUGCAGGGCAGGUGAGGAGAAGCGACAGGAGAGAGGAAAGUACUUCAAGUUCAUGACUGAACUUUGAUUAUAGUUUAAAAGUUUGUUUUGCUUUUGCACAGAUUGGAAAAAUGCCUGGACCUUCUCAUCAAAACAGAUCGGUUGCCAGAAGCCGCAUUUUUGGCAAGAACAUAUCUGCCCAGCCACGUGACAAGGUGAAGCUGUUUCUACUGAGUGUACAACAUACUGUAUGCAGGGUGUUGUACUCCAGUCUUCUGGCUGUGUCUGUAUGCAUGCAUUAAUCUUGUAAUAAAACACAUCCUCUCUAACCUCUGCACAAAUCAGCUCCUCUUUAGUUCACAUAAAGGCUGUUUUUUUUCCCCCCCUAGACAGCAAGUUUGCCGAUUCUGAAGCUAAACUUACAAAAAAGGAUGAUAUUCCUGAGCUUUGCAAAAUGUUUAAUGUGUUCGUGAUGUAAUUUGCAUAAUGCAUCAUUGGUUAUCCGUGUACUCUCGUGUGCUGCAGGGUAGUGAAGCUGUGGAAGGAGAGUCUGUCCAAGGUGAACCAGAAGGCGGCAGAUGCUCUGGCUGACCCCACCCAGUACAGCAACCUGUUCCCUGGCCUCCAGCAGGCCCUGCUGGCUGAGCAGUACCUGAAGGAGACUCAUGUCAGGGUCAGGCCUGCUGCAGAAUACCCACUCAUCAUGGUCAGUGAGAGUCAGAGGGACGUUGUCUCUCGUAACCCCAGAAGAGAUUUUAUCCUGAUUAUGCACAGACCUGGACUUGCUGCUGUGUUUGCUGUAAAGUGUGUUGGUUUAAGAAAAAACUUGGUCUGUCUGUGUUUUUCUCCAGCCUAAUGAGGACCGUAAUGUUCUGGAGGAAUCUGCAGGAUUUGUGUCUAAAGAGGAGAUCCCUGGCCUUGAGGUGAAGACCUGUUUCUCAUUUUGAAUAAGAAUGUGCAGAAUUAGUAUCCAGUCAAACAAAUCAGUAUUUUUGUUAUUGUAGGCCUCAAGUAUCAAAUCAUACCUUAGCUGUAACUUAACCCAGCCUGGGCUGUAGCUUUGGUUAUUAGUGUCUCAUGAUGUCCUAAUACUUGACUAUUUGGAUGUAAACAAUCACUGAGCAACCACAUGUGGACUUAAAACCUGCAAAUACUGAGUCUAGUUCUAAGUUUAGAAGAUUAAAAUAAACUAUUAUUUAUACACAGGGGAUUAUACAGUAUUUUAAACAUACUGACUCUAUUUCUACUGAUAAUUCCUAGAUAGUGCACACUGAACCUUUACCUGCUGUUGCUUUAAGUUAAAUAUGAACCCAGACUUUGGGUGGCUGUAAUGAAAGAAUUUGACGUCAACGCUUCCACCAACACAGAAAAAUAUGAUGCAGCUAGAGUUACAAAAAAUGUAAAAUUAUAAUAAUGGUUAGUUAAAAAAUAUGCUAUUGUAACAUCUCAACGUGGACAAUAUAGAUAAGUCUGUUUCUGCCACAGACUGUAUAUUGAAUGGACGCUGUCUGCCUCCUCGCUGGAUGAAGCCACCUCAAGAACAGCACCCUCUGGCGACGGGCUGCAGUAUAGGUCAUAAAUCCUGCCUCCUCCAGCAAAGCUUAUGGAGCUGUGGACAAACUUAAGAAAUUUAUUACACAGAAUAUAAACCUUUCUCCCCCCUGGUUGCGAUGUUGGCAUGUAGUUACUGUAAGCCUGGUUUGUGAUCAAGUCCUCUUUUUUAUGUGCAGGUCCAUUUUUUAAAGUUAUUAGGGGGGUCAUAUUUUGUAUGAUUGAUACUUGAUACAGCCUAUGGGCAUGCAAAGAUUGUGUAGCUCAUCCAGGGAUACGCUGUUUGAGCCGAGUGUCAUCACAGCAACUCUCCCGCCAAUGCGACUGCACAAGUGGUGGUUCCAGGAAGUGGAGAAAAUCCUGGAAAUUCGUACAAUUCAAAGCCAAGUUGUCCAUAGUAGAUACAGUUUAGGUUUCUGCACAACAGCAGUUUUAAGCAAUAGUCAAACAACAUAAAAUCAAUCAGCCCUGGCCCACUCGGUCAUGUUUACUCUCAGAGGUCAUUAUUAAGGCUUGAGUUUCUCUUUUUAGUCAGUUUCCUAACUAGUGAAAAAACUCCACAGGGGAGCUCAAUAGAAUAAAAAUUACAACUUUUCUGCACACAGGAGGCAGCGCAGCACAUAAACGACGGCAUCGAGGUUGCAGCAGCAGCAGAGGAAAGUCCUGCAGAAAUAGCAGCAGGGAUCAAGGCUGCAGCUGCAGAAACAGAAACAGAAACAGUGACAGAGAUCAUUCCUGCAGGAAUAGCAGCAGUGACAGAGGCUGCACCACUUGAGAUUGCCAUGACAACAGAGGAUGCACCUGUGGAAAUAGAAGCAGUAGAAGAAGAAGAAGAGCCAAUGACUGAUCCUCCAGUACAACAAGAGAGUAUUGAUCCUGUUUUACCAACAGAAGAAGAAUCGAUCCCAACAGAAGUGUCCUCUCUGUCUGUAUCAGUGGAAGAGCAUGAGGAACCAGAACAAGCAGACUCUGCACCUUUGGGAGAGGACACCAUCACCCCUUUAGAGGCGGCACCUGUCCCUGAAGAGAAAGACCUACUGGAAACCACAGCAGAGAUCCCCCCUACAGAGCCAGAGAUGGUGAAGUCCAGUCCUGUUGAUGUUGCUUCAUUAAUAGAGACAGAUGUUCAGGAAGUUUCCGAAACAGUCGUCACUGAGACAACACCAGAGACCGUCUUAGCAGCAGAAGAACCACAAAGUGAUGAAGCGGCAAUAGAAGAUGUCCUGGUUAGCACUGGUCUAACAGAUGAUACAGACUUAUUUGAAGCAGACAAGCCUGUGGAUGAAGAAACAGGAAUCAUCACCUCAGAAGCAGCAGCCCUCAUAGAUAUAGCAGCAGAGGAGACUGCUGUAACUGAGGAACAUGUCUUAGAAACACAGCCGUCACUUGUAGCUGUGGAGGAGCUCAUCAGCUUUGACAACACUGACACUUCAGACCUGGAUCCACUUGCCCAGGUCCAAACAGUUCCAGAUAUGUCACUUGACUCCCUGCAAACCCCGCUGGAAGAUAAAAUGCCAGUCAUGAUGCCGGUCCAAGCACCAGAACCAGAGAAAGACGAACUCCUAGUUCAGCUGGAGGAACCUGCUGUGGUAACCCCCGCAGCAGCUCCUGCAGAGGUGAACACAGCCAAGAAGGAGGAGACAGAGGCGGGUCCUGAGGGGACUGCAGAGUCAGCAGAGGACCUCGAGGAUGAGAUGGUUGAUGAGGUGACUACAGCUUAAAUCUUAAAGCAAAAUUAAGCAACACUGACAUCUUUAUAAAAUCUGAUCUGUAUUUACCUGUUUCAUUUAAUAUCUAUACCCCACCUGCAGGCCCUGGAUGAUCUGGAUCUGGACAACUUUGACCUGGAGGACAUAGACACUUCAGAUGUCAACCUUGACGACGAUUUCUUGGUUGAAUAG